AGAACCAUAAAUUUAUCCAGAGCUUUGGUUACAGUUGGCCAAACGACGAGUGCUUUUACUAAAUCUUAAUUUAUUUGGGAAUGAGGCCCCCUUUUUCACAAAGUUGCCCUUUGGAAAAAUUUCCCACGCAAAUCUCCCUGAGCGACCCAUUUUUAUCGGUAGAUAUAAAAAGUUCAGGUUGGCCAAUUUAUAGCCGGACAGUCCGUACCACACACGACACCUCCAGUCAUCGCCCCAAAAACGCCAAGCAACUUCAAGAACACGGUAAAACAAACCCAUAACUGUUGUAAUGCAUUAGUUGACUGAAUAAAAUAGAUUUAGUAUAGGCUAAGAAAUCACCCAUAUUCAAAGCAC